AAGAAAAUUGGCUCAGUUCUAUAUCCCGUAGUUAUUUCUAGGCCAGAUAUUGUAAAAAAUUACGAAAUCCUUGCAGAAUAUAUGGCCAAACCUUAUUUAAAUUAUAUGAAUAUAGUAAAUCACCUGAUUUUAUUUAUUUAUAGAACCUGA